GCGCAGCGCGGAGGGCCCCGCCUCGGCUGGCUCUGUCUCCUCCCCCUCAGCCUCUGGUCGGCCGCUGGGGCGCGCGCCUCUGCUCACACUCCAACCCUGGGUUCCCCAAGAUCCGCGGGGCCGCCGAGAGCUCUGAGGCCCGUCCGCGGGCCCUCCGACUGGUUCCGGGUUUAGGGUUCACAGGUCAGAGUUGACUCCCUGAAAAGUGCAGUCGGUUUGAAAUGCAAGAUGGCGGCGGCGGGGCUUUGAGAGGCGCGGCGGCCCCUGCAGGAGAAGACUGCUAACUACUUUGGACCUGUUGGUAAUGAUGGCCUGAGCUGUACACCUAAUUUGAAGGGUUACUUCCCCCCUUCCAUCUCAACAGAAUGCUGAGGAAGCAAUGGCAAGUGACUGGAGUUGUGCUUCAAAAAUUUCAGCAGUUCAGCAGUAUUUUAUCUGUCAACAAUAAGCUCUUUACUUGAUUGCACCAUGGAAAAGCUGCUAAUGAGACUUGUUGAGCACAAAAGUGGACUUGAAGAACCAGAAGCCAUUGUUUUCAAAUGAAGAAUCCUGAACAGUUUUCAGCCUCAAUGCUUUGAAACCACCACUGAGAUUUCUCCUAACACCAGAAUGGCAAGCAGGCGAAAAUCAACAACACCUUGCAUGGUCCUCUCUAGUGAACAGGAUCCAGACCUUGAGUUGAUAUCAGAUUUGGAUGAAGGUCCUCCUGUACUUACACCAGUAGAAAAUACCAGAGCAGAGAGCAUCUCAAGUGAUGAAGAAGCUCACGAAUCUGUGGAUUCUGACAAUCAGCAAAAUAAAAAAGUUGAAGGUGGCUAUGAAUGUAAAUAUUGUACUUUUCAAACUCCAGAUCUAAAUAUGUUUACUUUUCAUGUGGAUUCAGAACAUCCCAAUGUAGUGCUAAAUUCAUCCUAUGUUUGUGUUGAAUGCAAUUUUCUUACCAAAAGGUAUGAUGCACUUUCUGAGCAUAAUAUGAAAUAUCACCCAGGAGAAGAGAAUUUCAAGUUGACUAUGGUGAAACGUAAUAACCAGACAAUCUUUGAACAAACAAUAAAUGAUCUGACCUUUGAUGGUAGUUUUGUUAAAGAAGAGAAUGCAGAACAAGCAGAACCCACAGAAUUUUCUUCUUCAGGAAUCUCUAUCAGCAAAACUCCUAUCAUGAAAAUGAUGAAAAAUAAAGUAGAAAACAAACGGAUUACAGUCCAUCAUAACUCAGCUGAGGACAUUCCUGAAGAGAAAGAAAAUGAAAUCAAACCAGACCGGGAAGAAAAUGUAGAAAAUGCAAAUUCUUCAGCUUCAGAAUCCAAUACAAGUACUUCCAUUGUAAACAGAAUACAUCCAAACACUGCCAGCACAGUGGUGACUCCUGCAGCUGUUCUUCCUGGACUCGCACAGGUGAUAACUGCAGUGUCUGCUCAGCAGAACUCGAACUUGAUUCCCAAAGUCUUAAUCCCCGUUAAUAGCAUUCCUUCCUAUAAUGCUGCAUUGGAUAACAACCCCCUUCUACUUAACACUUAUAACAAAUUCCCUUAUCCAACAAUGUCAGAAAUUACAGUUCUUUCUGCUCAAGCAAAAUACACGGAGGAACAGAUCAAGAUAUGGUUUUCAGCCCAACGUUUAAAACAUGGUGUUAGUUGGACUCCCGAAGAAGUAGAGGAGGCAAGAAGAAAACAAUUCAAUGGGACAGUGCAUACUGUACCUCAGACUAUAACUGUCAUUCCUACACACAUUUCCACAGGGAGUAAUGGUUUGCCAUCUAUUUUACAGACUUGCCAAAUAGUUGGUCAGCCAGGGCUGGUCCUUACUCAAGUAGCUGGAACAAACACCUUGCCAGUAACGGCACCCAUAGCCUUGACAGUGGCAGGGGUUCCAAAUCAAACAAAUGUACAGAAAAGUCAAGUACCUGCUGCUCAGCCUACUGUAGAAACAAAGCCAGCAACAGCAGCAGUUCCACCCUCUCAGAAUGUCAAACAUGAAACGGCACUGGUAAACGCGGAUUCAUUUGGCAUUCGGGCAAAAAAGACGAAAGAGCAACUGGCAGAAUUAAAAGUUAGCUACCUUAAAAGUCAGUUUCCCCAUGACUCAGAAAUUAUCAGACUUAUGAAAAUAACAGGCCUGACAAAAGGAGAGAUUAAAAAAUGGUUUAGUGACACAAGGUACAACCAGAGAAACUCAAAGAGUAAUCAGUGCUUACAUCUCAACAAUGAUUCCUCUACUACCAUUAUUAUAGACUCCAGUGAUGAGACCACAGAACCCCCAACUGUGGUUACUGCACAGCAUAAACAGUCCUGGAAUCCCUUUCCUGACUUCACCCCCCAGAAGUUCAAAGAGAAAACUGCAGAGCAACUUCAGGUCCUUCAGGCAAGUUUUCUCAAUAGCUCUGUACUUACAGAUGAAGAAUUAAAUCGGUUAAGAGCGCAAACCAAACUUACCAGAAGAGAAAUUGAUGCUUGGUUUACAGAGAAGAAGAAAUCAAAAGCUUUAAAGGAAGAGAAAACAGAAAUUGAUGAAGGUAAUGCAGGCAGUUCCAAAGAAGAAGCUGGAGAAACUUCUCCCGGAGAUGACUCUGUCACACCUAAGUCAGGUAAUACGGGCAAGAUAUGCAAGAAAACCCCUGAGCAGUUGCAUAUGCUUAAAAGCGCAUUUGUCCGAACACAGUGGCCGUCACCUGAAGAGUAUGACAAGUUGGCUGAAGAAAGUGGGCUUGCUAGAACAGACAUAGUUAGUUGGUUUGGGGACACCCGAUACGCUUGGAAGAAUGGUAACUUGAAAUGGUACUAUUACUAUCAAAGCGCUAAUUCGAGCAGCAUGAAUGGCCUCUCUUCUCUCAGAAGAAGAGGGCGGGGGAGACCGAAAGGACGGGGAAGGGGAAGACCACGGGGGCGGCCCAGAGGAGGCAAAAGAAUGAACAACUGGGACAGGGUACCAUCGCUCAUAAAAUUUAAAACUGGAACCGCAAUUCUUAAGGAUUAUUACCUGAAGCACAAAUUUCUUAAUGAACAAGAUCUUGAUGAACUUGUCAACAGAUCGCAUAUGGGCUAUGAGCAAGUCAGAGAGUGGUUUGCAGAAAGACAGAGAAGAUCUGAGUUAGGUUUAGAAUUAUUUGAGGAAAAUGAAGAGGAAGAUGAAGUUGUUGAUGAUCAGGAAGAGGAGGAAGAAGAAACAGAUGAUAGUGACACAUGGGAACCUCCACGACAUGUGAAGCGGAAGCUUUCUAAAUCAGAUGACUGAAAUCUGCUUAAAAUAUUGAAGGAGAAUCAGUUCCUCAAGUCAAGAUGUUUGAUUUACUGUGAAUGGGCCCAGUCUCUGAUGACACUGAAAAUGUUUUUGGGGCAUACACUCUCAAAAAGCAGGAUCCAAUAUCCAAAAGAAAUGGAACUUAAAGUUGUGCCAAAGUUAAACUGCUGCAGCUGGCGGAAGUUCUGCAAUGUAAAUAGAACACUAAUUAGAAAACAAUGUGUAAAAAUUCAGAUUUUAAUACCGUUCAUUUUUAUUCUGCAUCUUAGACUUUCUGAUGGGGUUUAAUGACCACUAGAGCUUGUUCUCAGAUUUAGUCCAGCUUACACUGUGUGUCCAGUAAGAUGGGCUAUAUUGCCUGUAUUCUUUGAUAUGUGAUUAAGCUUAUAGCUUGGAGUGACCAAACAUUUUACAGAGUAAAAAUUGUUAGAAAUGGGGAACAAAAACAAACCCUGAUUUAUUUGUGUCUUAUUUAUCAGGCUCUGUGCCAAUAAAAGGGCAUAGGCAUAUACAAUUUCAAAUGUAAAAGUAGCCUAUUUACACAUGUUGGAACAGUAAGAUUUUGUGGUAUAUCUGGCCCUUAACGAUUGGAUCUUUCAUUAAAUAUACUCAUGGAUACUACUGUUUCUACUUGUAAUAUGUCUUGUUACUUUUUUCACUUAAAAGCUGAUUUGCUUUUUAUUAAAGAUAAUAUUGAAGAAGGGAAAGAAACUGGUAUAAGAAGUUGAAUAAGAUGAAACUCUAACAUAAAUAUCAUACCAAAAAAUGUGAAAAAGAAUCAUGUAGUAAAGUAUACUUAGUGUUUUCUUACAAUCAUGUGGAAAUCAAAAAUGUUCAUACAGGUGUCACGUCAGAAUUUUCAAGAAUUUUGAUGAAAUUCUAUCUUGUGUAACAAUUUCGGUGAAUAGAGAAAAAAAUUCUGAGCUGAUCCCAAUGAGUUAAAAGUUAGCUUUUCACGUGGGAGUCCUGGGUUAACCCUUGCCAUACAAGGAUACUGAAAGUUCAUGCUGACUUAUAAACUCUGUGAAGACCGGUGCUGUUCACUCAUGUUGAGAGGACCCUUUCUUUUGUGAUCAUAGGACCACUUUCCAAAGUGCUUUCUUCAGAGAGGAAAUGUUCAGUUUAAUUAGCUCUGGAUCUUUAAAAUGUUUUUCUGAAUGAUCACAUAUAGUGGGCUUGGCCAGUUUAUAUUAUCUAAUUUAAUGAAUACUAAAUACUAAGCUUUUGGUUAAGUGUUCGUCAGCUAAUGAAAAUGUUACGAAAAGCAUUGAAUAUGCAUGCUGCUUUCAUUUUUAUAAACUUUAUUUUUUAACUAUAGCUUUAUUAGUAAUUCCAAAAUGCUGCAAUUUAGCUGAUUUCUUCACUCAGACAGCUGGCUUUGUGGGUGGCUUUUUUCAUACUACUGUUAACUUUUUUUAAAAAGAAGCAGUGUAAAGACUAUAACAAUUGAAUGCACUAAACUGUUUUUUCUUUUACACAUUUAAAAACUUCUUAAAGCACUCUGUAUUAUAAUGAUUAAAUUGUUCCCUUUUUUAAACCAUUGCUAAUGUGGUCUGAGUUUUGUUUGACAGUAAUUUUAAUGUUCUCAACAUUUGAAGUGUCAAGUAUUGGAAAUGAAGCCUUUGAAAUAUAUUUAUAUUAUGUUUCCAUUGCAAUAUGUUAACUCUGUAUAGCUGUAAAUAACUAUUAAUAAAAAAUUUCCCAUCUCUUUUAUAGGCUUGAUAAAAUUCUGCUCUGAUGUUUGCUAGCUUUUAAACAUAUUUAUUUGACAGAGCAAAAGAACCCUUCUCUCCUGGUUGACUGUGUCCUUGAAUACAAAAUAAAAGUUAGCAGUGAUUAGUAGUUUUCAGUGA